GGCUGGAAGGCAGAGGUGUCUCCGACACGCGAGCGGCGGGAGACCCGAGCAAGCUCCGUGACAGCUCGUCGGCCGCCAUGUCAGCGAGUGGGGCUGGAGACAGCCCCGGAGCCCGGCGGUAGCCCUCCUUUCGCCUCCAGGUCCCAGACAUGGAAGGACUUUAAUGAAACUUAAAUGACUCAACAAAAGAUGCUCUAAUGGAUGACAGUGAACCGCCUGCAUGUAAUCUUCAGAUAGAACCACAAGAUGGGUGUCAUCCUGGUGACAGUGUGGAAAGUGUAGUGUCUCGCUUGCCUUGUGCAUCAGACGAAAAUGAAAAUCAACUCGACGGGGAUGGGCGUGAUCGUCUGACCAGCAGCGACAGUGCCAUGGGCAAGCCCGGCGUGUCCGAGCAGGACAGUCUCAACAACAAUGAAAGCUGCACCCCGAGCUGUGAGGUGGCGGCAAGUGAGAGCUCGGAAAACGCUGCUUGUGAAGGCCCCAGCGAUGGGCAGGACUUCUCAGGAAAGGACCAAAGAAUACCUGGGGGGAAAAGUUCAAGAACCAAAAAAGGCGCUGCCAAGAAGAUACCACCAGGACUUCCUUCAGAAGAUUCAACACCUUUACUGCAGGAAAAUGUCCUCGGUGCAGCCACUCGCGCCGUGGGUGAUGGAGAGGCCGCUGAAGUAAAUGCUAAUGAUCCACCAGAAGCCCCGAAGCUGGCUUUGCAGUCUCUGUUCUCACUUAUACGAGGGGAGGUUGAGCAGAUGGACUCAAGAGCACUUCCCCUUUGCCUCCAUCAGAUGGCAGAGUCCUGUUUCCAGGAGGAGGACUACGAGAAAGCAAUGAAAUUCAUUCAGCUCGAACGACUGUACCAUGAGCAAUUGCUGGCAAAUCUUUCUGCCAUUCAGGAGCAGUGGGAAACAAAAUGGAAAACUGUGCAACCACAUACAGUUCCGUCUCUAAGGAAUUCAGAAAAGGGAUUUAAUGGUGAAGAUUUUGAACGGCUUACUAAAUUUUGCACAACACACCAAGAUCCUCUUUUAUCCAAACAUAAGAUGGCAGCUGUAGACAAGUCCCUGGGAAGGACAUGCUUUGCGCAGUUAAUAGAGUCUGAAGACCCAAAGGAGAGUGGAGCUACCGCCAAAGAGCCGGAGAGUGAAAUCUGCCCUGGCCCGGAGCCAAGGACUGAGAGCGAGCAGAAAGAGGAGACCCAGGAGAGCAGUCCCUGCCGUCAGCAGCCGGCCAGGCGGGCGGGUCCCCCGAGUGGCCCUGUGACUGCGGGCGAGGGCCACGCAGAGGAGCCUCUCGGCAGCACUGACGCCCCCCGGGAGCUGCAGGCCCGGCCCUCGGAGGCGGAGGCGGCCGGGAGCAGGUCUGGGCCACGCUCUGCUCCGGAGAAAGCGCCCGACGGUGACAGCGCCGUGCAGCUGGCUCCCCCGGAGGCCCGCCCAGAUGCGGCCGAAGACCCCCGGGGGUCACUCCCCAGCCAGGCGGUGACAGGGCCAGUGGCUCCACCGGGCUCUGACCAUAAACCUGGACUGUGUUCUGAGGCUAGAUGCUCACAGACUGAAAGAAAGGCGCUCCAGUUGCCACUUGGAGACGCUUCCAAGGCGUCGCCCGCAGACCGGCUUGAGCACAAUGAAUUAAAUGAGCCGCAGCAACCUGAUCUCAGGGGCGGUGAUGGAAAAUCACCGCGGGGACAGCCUGCCUCCGGGGGCCCUGAGAGCCCGCCCUGCGACAGCGCUCGAGUGCCUGACCUAAGCACGGGGCUUUGGGAGGCGUAUAUGGCCCCGGAGGAAAAGGGAGAUCAGGACACCCAAGUCAGUAAGGAGACAGAGGACUAUCUGAACAGCCUUCUAGAAGGAUGCUUAAGAGAUGCUGAAGAUUGUCUCUCCUACGAGGAGGGCGAGUCCGAUCUCCAGGAUCUGUCUCCGGACGAAGCAUCUUACAGUCUCCAGGAAAACCUGCCCUGCGACGACAGCUGUCUGUCCCUCGAUGAUCUUGCAAAAAGAAUAGAGAUCGCAGAGGUCGUCCCUGCUGAAGGACUGGUCUCCAUAUUAAAGAAGAGGAAUGACUCCGUAGGAGAGCACCCCGCCCAGAUGCAGCAGAGACCCCCUAAGCGACGAGUGAGAUUCCAGGAAAUAGACGAUACCCUAGAUCAAGAUGAAGUUGGAAGCGGUUCCUGUGUUUUACUGAUCUUGCUGUGUGUAGCAACGGUUUUCCUUAGCGUUGGAGGAACUGCCCUAUACUGCACUUUCGGUGACAUGGAGUCACCUGUUUGCACGGACUUCGCAGACAACGUGGACUUCUAUUACACGAAGUUACUGCAGGGAAUGGCAGAGCUGAGGCACUGGAUCUACCUCUCCUAGCAGCAUGCAGGUGCACAGGCGUGCUGGCAGGGAGAAGCAAAGAGGGAAACUUUCUAAACAGCUUUUAUUUUACGAGUUGUGCGUAACGGGCCUCCCCUGCCCCCAGCGAGGAGCCAUGGACAUCAGAAGCAGCAGCUUUAAGUGGCGGUCCAGAGGGGCUCAGAACCAUCAACACGACGCAGCAGAGGUAGAUCUGAGCACUACGGACGGAAGGAAUGACCUUGGGACAGCGUGUCCAUCUCCUCCUCGCUGCCUCCUAGUGUAAUGAGCUGCACUGAGCUGAAUUAAACAGAAAGUGUUGGAGCCACACCGUUUUUAGCUUUCCUGUCAACCUAACACUUAAAGGACACUUUUGGUUUCCAUUUGUUGGUCCAAAGACAUUGCUUCCAGCCAUCACGCAAUAAGUUUGUCUGUGAUCAAAAGGAGUUACCUGUGGUUUCAGUGUCUUUUUUCAGUUAACCUUGAAAGCUGUGUGAAUCAGGCCUUAUGCGUUGUUUCCAGGUUCUGUUCUCGUGAUACGGUUGUGCGUGCAUGUGUGUGGGCGUGGGCGUGCAUGUGUGUUUCAGACAGUUAAUCAUAAGCAAAUACCCAACACAAAAUAACAAAAAUUACCUUUAUUCUUUUAACUUGACUGUAGAUGUGCAGGCACAAAUCUUUAAAGAAGGUUUAACUAUGGAACAGAUGAACUGUAGAAAUCUUGGCCCUAAAAUGAGAAACUGUGGCAGAUCUGCGACAAUUAACUUGAUUAACUAGCCAGAAAUUAAUUACAGACCUAGAGGUAAAAUUAAGGAGCUCCCAGGCAACCAGUUUCAUCAUGGAUUCGAUGCUUCCUUAAGUAUGAUGAAUGCUAACUCAAUUCAGCAAACACUUAUUGAGCGUCUAUUGUGUUCUGAGAAUCUAAGAACUAAAAUACAAAGAUAAAUAAGGCAUUAGUUCCUGCUCUAGAUGUUUUAAUUCUGGCCUUAUGUUUAAAAAAAAAUACUUUGGCAAAUGAAAUUAAAUCACCGUGUAUAACUCAGUAUUAACAGAUCAUGCAUUCAGAUGUUCAAAUGUUCAUUCAUAUCACGGGCUUGAUUUUAUGGGAUCAUUAAGCAAAAAUUCAAUCAUGUCUUAAAUAAGCAAAUGUCUGGUUUUUGUUUGAAUCCAUCAGGUGGCACUUCCUUUUCCAAGGCCUAACAUUUAGAAAGCCUUUCUUUCGCUUUUUAUAUGAUAGGCAGCAUUUUAAAGGAAACAGAACACAUGAAUUAUAGUUUUUUAGCAAGUGAUCGUUAUUUCAUGUUUUUCUGUCAGAAUCAUUUGAAAGAAAAAGGGAGAAAUUACUUUCUAGUUGUUGCUGGCUGGUACAGUGCCUCCCUUUGUGUUUCUGCUUAUUUAUUUAGAUUAUAUGAAUUUUAAAGGGCUUUUUAUAUAUGUUGAAAUUGUGUUUUUGAGCAUGCAUUCAGUUUUCCCAGUGUAGAUAUUUAAUUACUGUGUACUUAGCAUUUUGAUUUUCUAUAAAUUCAGUUCCUUGUGUUUUUAGGCUUGUUUAUUUUUAAUUUGAUGUUUUAUUUUCACUUAUAAUACUGUUUGACUUGUCUCAUGUCACCAUAAACUGUAAUAUUUUCAAGGAUUAUAGAUCAGAGAUAUUUAUUUAGAGGUAUACAAGAUACUGAAAUUUAGAUUCCUUAUACUUAAGGCUGAUUUUAUUAGAAGGUUAUUUUAAUGUUCUAUUAUAAAUUUUAAGAAUUUGUAUUCAAAUUGUAUGUAAAAUAUGUAAAUGUCGAAGGUACUAUCUUAUGUGGUUCUAUAAAAGACAUUCACCAAGUCUGCUGUGAGGGGCCACCCCCAUCAUAGACAAACCUCUUCUGUUUUACCCUCUUGAUUUCUAGUUAUGGGAAUUUGGUGAGUCUGAGUUCUGCCUGUUUUAUGUCAAGAUAAAUCAAAACUUCCCUCCUGUUCUCCCCUUUUAGGCCACUAUCAAAGUCCUAAGUAAACUGUAGUGUCAUAUUUGCCUAGAGGCCACCAGGACCACUGCUUCGGAAACUGAAGGUUUCCUGGGAACCUUGACACUGAGCUGAGAGGAUUGAGAUGAGACCUUGGUCCUCGGGGGUCCAGUUGAGUCUCAGAAGAACCAUGUUGUGUCCUCACCACUUCCCUGGGAGGGUGAUGUGAGUUCAGGAGCAUGUUGAUGUCUUGACUUAAAAUAGGCAUGAAAAUCUCAACUAGAAAAAUUAAGGCACCGUUUAAAAAUGUAAGUCAUUUAUUGCAUGAAUUGGAGUAAUUCCAUCUGGUGACGAAGGAAUUGCUCUCACACACAUAAAAAAUUCACCCAGCUUUACUAUAAUGUAAUUUCUUUCUGCCAUGUGAAAGUUCUGACAACUGUUUGUAACUAAUCUUCCUUAAGAACUGUAUCGAGGGUAACAGGUCAAGCUUGUAAUUUAAAAUCUACACCAACAAA